UGAGGCACUUGGUGGUCUCGGUUUUUGUAUAACGAAUAUGUGUGUGAAUAUUGUGAAAUAAAAGAAGAUAUUGAACUAAAACCUAUACACUUAAUUUAUUGUCAUCAAAAUGUUGACUCCACGGUUCAAAUUAACGCAGGAUGACAACCACGUGUAUAUCACCGUGCAUGCACCAUAUACAAACAUUGGAGACACGGAAAUCGACGUAGAUGGUGAGAAUUUUCUAUUCGUAUCCAGCCCUUACUUCUUGCGCCUCCGUCUCCCUGGCAGGAUCGUCGAAAAUGACCAUUCUAAAGGUUCGUACACAUGCGAUUCGGGAGAUUUUCUCCUAACGUUUGACAAAGAAAAUCCUGGUGAAAAUUUCGAGAAUUUAGACAUGAUUACUAGUCUACUCGCUCCUAGAGACAUUCCUGAUCUUAAUCCUGAUUUGGUGGAAGUUCUUGAGGAGGAUGGCAUCACAAUUGAUGAUAGUGUUGAUAAUGAUAAUGGCAACAAUUACUCAUAUGGUUUUGCGGAUAAAAUAACCAAUGAAUUUCAUGAAAUUGGUAGUGAGUUUCCUCAAAUAUUUGAGCUAAAAAACCCUGAAACUGUGCCUAAAGAUGAACGAAAUGGUUUAAGAGUAGAAUAUGAAGAUAGUAAAUUUUCGUCAGACCAUUAUUUGGCAGAUUUGUUUGAUGAAGAACUGAUUGCUCCGUAUUUAACAGGGAAAUUGUAUUGGAAUAAUUCAGAUUUUGAUAAAGAUGCUGACUUCAAUGAAGAAGAAGUAGCUAUUCUAAAGGAAUUGCCGAAUAAACACUAUCUGUUUAAUAAAAUCGAGCACAGGCAGGUUUUGCUUGGAUUAGUUGAUAUUUUGUAUGGUUAUUGUUACGACAAAAGGACAACUAUGAAUGACAGUAACGUUGAGUCAAGCUGGACUAUAAAUAAGCUAUCAUCAACGUUAAGCUGGUUUUGCUCAUUUAACGACAUGAAGCAAGUGUUAAUAGCUUGCUACAGAAGGGCACUCAUAUUCCCAAUUUUCAGAAACUUUGAACUUUGCAAUAAAGUUAAAAACGAUCUUGCGUCACUGUUCCGAAAGGGUAAGAAAUUUAUUAUCAAAUGUUUGAUUGAAAUUCACCAAAUGUUUAACAAUAGUAAUGAUGCCCGUUAUAUAUUGAACCAACUAUAUAUUAAAGAUUAUUUGGUGUUUCUACAAAAAUGCAGGAGUGAGGAAUUUACAGAGUUAUUUAAUAACAUAGCUAAUAUUGAAAUCAUGAAACGUGACUUAGACCUGGAGCUUGAAGAGUUAGAGGCCGCAGCACACAUGGUCCAGCAAGAUGAAAUAGACGUAUUGGAGAAUGAGAUGGCAAUACACAUGGCUUCUAUGUCAUUACUAGGCUUGAACAAAAACAAUGAAAAUUACGAUGAUGAAAGUGACGACGACAGUGAUUCAUCAUCAUCGUCAUCUGAUUCUAGCAGCAGUGACUCCUCCGAGGAUCCAUCAGACCUGGACUCUGAUGAUGAUCCGUCCUGACUCUACUUUGACUCCUAGGAGUUAUCCGGCCAAGGCCUUUAAGGUCUUGCCGUAAAAGACUGAAUAGAUAAGAUACAGUGAAGGGUAUACGGAAUGUAGACAGGACAAUGGAAAUAGAGAGAAACUUAAUCUGUGUUUCAAAGUUGUUCAGACAUUUAUGAUUGCCAUAGUGAAUAUUUUACAUAGUUGUUGAAAUCACAAAUGAAUGUGAAAUGCCAAUUGAAAUGUGUUAAUGAAUGUUUCAGUGCUAUAGUAAGACAAUAUUUUUUUUAAGCAAUUCAUAUAUUUACCAAAAGCUGAUAUGAGCCUAAAAUUUGUAUCUGCCUAAUGACUCAUACAAAACUAUUACUUUUGAACUAACAUUAUAAUAAUAUUGUAACAUUUCUUAGUUUAUAUUUAUUUCAUAAAACAAAACGGCAGUUUCAAUGCAGAGAGGCAUUCUCUACCAGUCAAUGUUAGUGGGAUUGG